UGUGGCUGCGUUGCAUUCGCACACCCCCAUUCUUGAUUCCUGCAGAUCAUCUGCACGCACAUACUGGUUUCCGUCGUGCAUAGUCCCUGCAGGCCUCUCCUUAGCUUGGAAUUCUACUACGGCUUCUUCAGCGGUCUGCGAGACGCUUACCUUUCUAGCUGUAGCAAUAGCGUCUGCAGCGGGAUCCCCACCCUCUUCACCAUCUUUUGGUAGGUGACAAGACUUGACGAGGCAGAAGGCUGAGCCGAAUCAGAGUCAUGGCUACGACUUCGUUCCGAGAUUCUGUCAACUCAUUGGGCUGGUCUCGAAGAGAUGCGGAUCUACCAGCUCGUACUAACACUUCCUCCACCCCCUUUCUAUCAAAAUUACAGUCACUGAAUCCGUUCGGCCAAGGAGAGGGCUAUUUGCGACUGCCCACUCACGAAGCUCCAGGAGCUCCUCUUCCAGCCCCAACUCGACGGGAGGAGGAAGAAGGUUUCUUUGCCCUAAGCCGAUGGGAUCGGAUGCUCAUAUUCAUCGCCUGCAACCUCGGUGCCGCAGUGUGCUUCAUGAUUUGCUUUUUCCUUUUCCCAGUGCUAUCGUUGAAACCCCGCAAGUUUGCCAUUUUAUGGUCUGUCGGUUCUCUACUCUUUCUACUAUCAUGGGCUGUCCUCAUGGGACCCCUGGCGUACGCUAAGCAUUUGGCCUCGGGAUCACGGCUACCAUUUACUGCCGCCUAUUUUGGCUCGAUUGCCAUGACUCUCUACUUCGCUAUCGGACUCCACUCCACCCUCCUAACACUCAUUUCGUCAAUUUUCCAGCUUGCAGCCCUGGCCUGGUAUCUGGUCAGUUAUUUCCCCAUGGGUAGCACCGGACUGCAAUUCAUGGGACGAUUCGGGGCACAGCGAGUCGGAGCUUGGAUGACCAGCUGAUAUCCUUCCCUUUUCAUCUU